AUGCCAACCUCCCAAGGAUCAAGAGGAUCUGGCUCCGGUUCUGCCAUAGGCCCACGUUGCUACGUUGGACCCUUCGGUCGUAUGUUACCCAUAGAUGGCCCAUCCUCGGAGCAGCAACCCGAGCUUCCAGCUAAUUUACAAGAAACCGGGGAACACCUAUACCAGCUUCCACCCCCGCGGGUACCGACUAGUUUACAAUUUGGAUCUGAUCCCUUUCCACGGCAGAAAAACAGUCCCGAGCGCAAAGACAGUGGAUCAGAGUCCCAGAAGCCGGAGCAACUUCCCUCCGUGAGGCAGAUACUCACUCCAACACCGGGGACAAAUUCAUUGCAAUACUCUCAACCAUUUGCAAGUUCGACACUCAACACAGGACGUCGUGGAUCUGCAUACCCUCACUAUCACGAUCCGACUUUCCAGGUUCCAUCAUCUGCACCUGAUAGAGGCCGUGCUGAAUCUCUUCCGCAACUGCACGGUCUGCCUUCAUUGUCACAAGUGGGUCUGCAGGGCCACAGAGGCAUAAGAAGCCAGACACCGACAAGAAGUGAUCCACCCGCUGCAUCUUUUAUACAGCUACCUUUUCACACAUCCUCGCAUGGUCAAAUACCAAAUGGGGAACUAUCAUCACCGGAAAGUUCAAAGCGGUCAAAUAACCAGCCCCUUCGCCCUCAUGUGGUAGACGAGCGAGUCAUCGACGGGGAACUUUGCUUCGUAUAUGCAGACGGAUCGUCCUGUCCCAAAUUCAUCGACGGUACACCCGUCAACGCAAAUUGGGGGAUAACGAAGGCCGGCAGGCCGAGAAAACGCCUUGGACUUGCCUGCUUGACUUGCCGCGAGAAGAAGAUCAAGUGUAAUCCUAACCCAACCGCCGAGGCCGUAUGUGAUCAAUGCCGGAAAUCUGGACGGGAAUGCAGGUUCGAAAGUGCCCCGCGGGGUAGCCGUCCUCCCAUGAGAGGCCCAUCUGGCAGACCCGACUCUUACGCCCCCACCAGCCACGGGGCUUUGGACGUUUCUCCGUCACUUUACGACAUCACUCGAGCCUCGGACAGUGCGACCUCCCUUCCUGGAACUACCGGCCACUCACCGAUGCCAGAGAGCUCGAUGAAGACGCCGUCAUCCCAAGAAGCCACUUAUGAAACGAUGACCGAGGCGGACAGAGGCUUGAGAUCCCGAUCCUACCAAUUUCCAUCGCCCUUAUCCGGUACAGAUGAAACUCUUGGACGACCAUCGCCACAUGCCGAGUCUGUUCGUUCUCCUGAAUACUCUGACAUUCUGGGGAAACUCAAGGACAGCAAUUCGGACGACCCACUCGCGGCGUCCUGGAACCUGGACCCGUACGAAAGCGACCCAGAGUCCGUGGCUCACUACACUGAGUGUUAUUUCUCGCACGUGAAUGACGGUAUGUGCCACAUGUUCCCGCGUGGACGAUUCAGCUCGUGGUUGAAAACCUGCCCCAUCAAGUCUGCACACGACAAGAUGCUCCUUUAUUCUAUGAUGGCUCUUGGAUCUGUGUUCUCCGACAGGCCAGAAAAAAUGGCAGCUAUGACGCGAUAUUCUCGCAUAGCACGAUUUGCUAUCAAUAGAAGCCAGCAUACCCUUUCUUUGCAACUCGCCCAGAGCCAUAUCAUAAUGAGUCUCUGGUACUACGCUACGGGGUCGCUGGUCGGAUCUUGGGACUCGAUAGGCGCAGCGGGAAGAGCGGUCUUUGGGCUUCGCUACAAUGUGGAAUCUGGCGGCGUUGUUGUAGACCACAGCCAAGUUUGUGAAUACGGGUUACAUCCACAGGCCUUGAUUGAGUGCCGAAGACGAACUUUCUGGAUUGCCUUUGUGCUUGAUCGCUUCUCGAGCCUCUAUUCCGCUUCGUCGACUUUCAUCUCGUCGGAUGCAGCCCUGCUGAGGCUUCCGUGCCGAGAAGAAAUAUACGAGACUCAGCAGUACGCGACAGUCCCAUAUUUCCAAUCAUUUCUCAAUCACACCGCAGCCUCCACAGGCGAUGACCGCUCUACCCUAAGCCCAAUGGCUUUUUUAAUCGAGAUCAUGGCUAUUUGGGGGGACAUCUCGCUCCAUAUAACCCGGCUACCACACAUCCCUCUCGAAGCGUACAACCGACUUGCCGAAGAAUUCAACACCACCAUCGUCCAAAAAUCCAACCAAUGGAUGACCCGACUCCCCGAAUACCUGGCAUUCUCGCCCACAAACCUAGAACGAAGCAUCCAUCAAAAAAAUGCAGACACCUUCAUUUCAACCCAUUUGUUCUACCACGUCAGUUUGAUGAAACUGUACAGACACGCCCGCUACCAGAGCCUCCAACCCGAAAUCCUUAGCCAAUACAUUCACCGCGCUCGAUACCACGCGGUCGAAAUCCUCCGCAUUUCUCUUACCUUCGACCAGUGCGCCAAAAAACUUACACCUUCUCGAAACAACACAGAGACAUCCAUAUCCAAAUUAACGCCCCUGAACCCCUUCCUCGGCUAUGUGAUCCUAUCAGCUGUGGAUGUCCUCAGCUCCGCUGGUCUGGCGUCUCAGUUGCAUGAGUGCAUCUAUUAUAUUAGAGGUGCGCUAGAUGCCGUCCACGAACUCGGCCGUUACUGGGACAGCUCGUUGCAACUAGUCACCGUUCUCCACAGACGCCUGAGUCUGAUGAUGACCUGCCUGAAUGAGCGCAGCGUCUUCGCUGAGAAACAGGGUUUUGCUCUUGAUGGCCCGCCGCUCGAGACGAAGGUCCAUGCUGGCGCUUUGCAUUCCCAUCCGCCUUCGACAACGGGCGAUGAUCUUUUUACUGGUUCUAUGCCUAGAGAAAUGAUUUUGAAUGCUCUGCGGCUUGAUGAGACACUUAUCUCGGAGAGUCGUAUUACUUGGAUUAGAGAUCCAUGA